AUCCUGCAGGAGGGGCAGGUCCCUUUCCCGGGCAUCAGCCUGCUUGCUCUCAGCCGAGCCCUCUUGCCAACCGUGGUGGGUCCCUCGGGGCUCCUGUCUCCCCAUCUGAGAAGCAGAGGGCACAACCCUCUUCCAGGCCUGUGAUUUUUCAGCGUGGCUCCAUCGCAGGGUUCCACAUCACGUGCCUACUCUCUGCUGACUGUGGGGAGAUGGCCAGGCUUGUUUAGGGAACUGAGCUGGGCCGGGCCCCUACAGCUGACAGAGCGAAGGUGGCCGGGAAGAAAGCAGCCUCCCGGUCGGAAAAAUGAAGGCGCUUCUGCUGCUGGUCCUGCCCUGGCUCAGCCCUGCCAACUACAUUGACAAUGUGGGCAACCUGCAUUUCCUGUGCUCAGAACUCUGUAAAGGUGCUUCCCACUAUGGCCUGACCAAAGACAAGAAGAGGCGCUCUCAAGAUGGCUGCCCAGACGGCUGUGUGAGCCUCACGUCAACAGCGCUCUCCCCAGAAGUCUCUGAAGCUGCCACCAUCUCCUUGGUGACCAAUGAGCCUGGCUUAGACAACCCUGCCUACGUGUCCACAACGGAGGAUGGUCAGCCAGCAGACAGCCCACUGGACUCUGGCCGGAGCAACCGAAUGAGGGCACGGACCUUUGAGCGAUCAACUAUCAGAAGCAGGUCUUUUAAAAAAAUAAACCGAGCCUUGAGUGUUCUUCGAAGGACAAAGAGUGGGAGUGCUGUUGCCAACCAAGCAGACCAGGGCAGAGAAGAUUCUGAAGACACCACUGCCCCUGAAGUCUUUCCAAGGUUGUAUCACCUGAUUCCAGAUGGUGAAAUUACUAGUGUCAAGAUCAAUCGAGUGGAUCCUAAUGAAAGCCUCUCCAUUAGACUUGUGGGAGGCAGCGAAACCCCGCUGGUCCACAUCAUUAUCCAGCACAUUUACCGUGACGGAGUGAUUGCCAGGGAUGGCCGGCUACUGCCAGGAGACAUCAUCCUAAAGGUCAACGGGAUGGACAUCAGCAACGUGCCUCACAACUACGCGCUGCGCCUCCUGCGGCAGCCGUGCCAGGUGCUGCGUCUCACUGUGCUGCGGGAGCAGAAGUUCCAAAGCAGGAGCGGCGGACAGGCACUGGACGCCUACGGUCCCCGCGAUGACAAUUUCCACGUGAUUCUCAACAAAAGCAGCCCCGAGGAGCAGCUUGGAAUAAAACUGGUGCGCAGGGUGGAUGAGCCUGGGGUGUUCAUCUUCAACGUGUUGAACGGUGGUGUGGCAGACCGACACGGACAGCUGGAAGAGAACGAUCGAGUGUUAGCCAUCAACGGACACGACCUUCGGUACGGCAGCCCAGAAAGCGCAGCUCAGCUGAUCCAGGCCAGUGAAAGGCGUGUCCACCUCGUCGUGUCCCGCCAGGUUCGGCUGCAGAGUCCUGACAUCAUUCAGGAUGCUGGCUGGAACAGCAACGGCAGCCGGUCCCCAGGGCCAGGGGACAGGAUCAGCAUUCCCAAGCCCCUCCAUCCUGUGGUCACUUGCCAUGAGAAGGUGGUAAGUGUCCGAAAAGACCCCAGCGAAUCUCUCGGCAUGACCGUGGCAGGCGGGGCGUCACAUAGGGAAUGGGAUUUGCCUAUCUACGUCAUCAGUGUUGAGCCUGGGGGAGUCAUAAGCAGAGAUGGAAGAAUAAAAACAGGUGACAUUUUGUUAAAUGUGAACGGGAUCGAACUAACAGAAGUCAGCCGGAGCGAGGCGGUUGCAUUACUGAAAAGCACAUCCUCCUUGGUGGUUCUUAAAGCUUUGGAAGUCAAAGAACGUGAGCCCCAGGAACGUGAGCCCCAGGAAGCCUGCAGCAGCCCAGCAGCUCUGGACUCCAACCACAACAUGGCACCCACCAGAGACUGGUCCCCCUCCUGGGUCAUGUGGCUGGAAUUACCACGGUACCUGUAUAACUGUAAAGAUGUUAUAUUACGAAGAAACACAGCUGGAAGUCUGGGCUUCUGCAUUGUAGGAGGUUAUGAAGAAUAUAAUGGGAACAAACCGUUUUUUAUUAAGUCCAUUGUUGAAGGAACACCAGCAUACAAUGAUGGAAGAAUUAGAUGUGGUGAUAUUCUUCUGGCUGUCAAUGGUAGAAGUACAUCAGGAAUGAUACAUGCUUGCUUGGCAAGGAUGCUGAAAGAACUUAAGGGAAAGAUCACUCUUACUAUUGUUUCUUGGCCUGGCACUUUUUUAUAGAAUCAAUGAUGGGUCAUAGGAAAACAGAAAACUACAGAUAAGCUAUGUUGAAACAAUGUAUUUAUCUUGUCCAUUUUUUUAUUUAAAGGAUACACUGUAAAAAUGUAAACUAAUGUCAGGAAAAAUAUGAUCUAAUGAAAGCCAAUUACACCUCAGAAAAUGUAAUUCUCAAAACAUAACUCUUAUUAAUAGUUUUUAUUCAGUGUGGAGGAUUUCUCACUACUCCACAACUUUAUUUUUCUAUUCAUUAAAAAGCUCUUAAACAGCUGAGAUCAUUUGUUAUUCCCCCACUGAAUUCAAAUCCUACAAUUAAAAAUUUGGUAUAUGCUGAGGUCUAUAAAGGGUGUAUUAUGGGCAUUAAAAAAAAAAAAAAUUUACAGCCAGAGGAUUUUAAAAGUACACUGCUAAGAAAUGUUCAUCAAAUAAGAAAUAUUUUUCAAAUUAUAGCUGUCUUUUAGUAUGUGAUAUUAAAUUCAUUUUUAUUUAUCAC